AUGGCCAGGGGGGCGCAGGACAGCCGCCGCCGCCACAGCAGCAGGGGAAGCAGUCUUCGUGGGCCAGCGAGUGCUGGCGAGACAGCGGCGCCGCCGACGAAGGAAUGGCACGUGGAGCCGCGCGCACGCCGUUCCCCUGCGACAGGGCAUCUAGGAGAUUCGGGAGUCGCGCGCUGGCCGGGAGGAGCGCCACGAGGAACGAGAAGGAGCGGACGGGAGGACGAGGAGGGGAGAGGGAGCGCGGAGAGCGUGAAGGAGGAGAAGCCGCGCGUGCUGGAGGCGCUGAAUGGGGCGUUAAGUCAAUUGUUC